AUGGAAGACUAUAAAUAUCUUUUUAAGGUGGUAUUGGUUGGAAAUGCAGGUGUUGGAAAGACUUGCUUGGUCAGGAAGUUUACUCAGGUAAGAAUCGAUGGCUGAUUGUUAUUGAACUGACUUUUAGGGAAUCUUUCCUCCAGGGCAAAGUGCAACGAUUGGAGUCGAUUUCAUGAUAAAAACUGUCAAAGUAGACGAGGAUAAAAUCAAGGUUUGUUCGUCAUGUGUUAUUGCUUAUAUUUUUAGCUUCAAAUUUGGGACACUGCUGGCCAGGAGCGAUUCAGAUCGAUCACUCAGAGUUAUUACAGAUCAGCACAUGCUAUAGUGUUGGUGUACGAUGUAGCAUGCCAACCAAGCUUUGAUUGUCUACCAGAAUGGCUUGGAGAAAUCGAACAAUAUGCGAAUCGAAGAGUUUUAAAGAUAUUAGUGGGUAAGUGUUGUGGUUUAUCCAUGUUUUUUAUUUUUUUAUUUAUUUUAGGUAACAAAGUGGAUAAAGAAGAAGAAAGGGAAGUGCCCGAGAGGAUUGGGAAGAACUUUGCUGAUGCCAACGGGUUCGAUUACUUUUUAGAGACGUCGGCAUUAGACGCUACGAACGUGGACACACUCUUUCAGGAAGUCGCCUCAAGGUUGACAAAUGAUAUGAAAAAUAGUGAUGAACAGUGAGUUUCGACGUCUUUUAUUUAUCUGAUUUUAGGUAUCACGGCGCCAAGAAUAACAGUGCCAAUGGGAGUAUCACACUACUUGACAGGGCCCAGCAACAGGUCAACAAUUGUUGUGGGCGAUCGUGA